GCGCCGCCCGACUUGGGUGCACUGAAGACGCGCAUGGCCGCAGUGGGGCCGCGAACCGGCCCGGGCUCCGGGGCCGAGGCCCUGGCACUUGCGGUAGAACUGCAGGGCGAGGCGACGUGUUCCAUCUGCCUGGAGCUCUUCCGAGAGCCGGUGUCCGUCGAGUGCGGCCACAGUUUCUGCCACUCUUGCAUCGCGCGCUGCUGGGAGCGCCCAGGCGCGGGGUCCACCGGCGUCCCCCGCUUGCUGCCCUGCCCGCAGUGCCGCGAGCCCGCGCGCCCGGGCCAGCUGAGGCCCAACCGGCAGCUGGCCGCGGUGGCCGCACUGCUGAGGCGUUUCAGCCUGCCCACCAUCGCAACGGGCGAGAGCGGAUCCCCGGAGGCCGCGGUGGCUGGGUGCUCACAGCACGGCGAACAGCUCAAGCUCUACUGCCAGGACGACGGACGCGCCAUUUGCGUGGUGUGCGACCGCUCCCGCGAGCACCGAGCACACGUCGUGUUACCGCUCGAUGAGGCUGUGCAGGAGGCUAAGGAGCUCCUGGAGUCCAGGCUGAAGGUCUUGAAGAAUGAUCUGGAAGAUUAUGAGGUGUUUCGUUCCACCGAAGAGAAGGAGAGCAAGGAGCUCCUGAAGCAGAUGGCAGCUGAGCGAGAGAAGGUGGGGGCAGAGUUUCAGGCACUGCGGGCCUUCCUGGUGGAGCAGGAGGGCCGGCUCCUGGGCCGCCUGGAGGAGCUGUCCCGGGAGGUGACACAAAAACAGAAUGAGAACCUGACCCAGCUCGGGAAUGAGAUUGCCCAGCUAUCCAAGCUCACUAACCAGAUCCAAGAGACAGCUCGAAAGCCUGACCUUGACUUUCUCCAGGAAUUCAAAAGCACUCUAAGCAGUGUUGGUGGGCCUUCCUCCUUGUCCUGCAGGUGCAGCAAUGUGCCUGCCCCCAAGCCAAGCACAGUCUCCUCUGAGAUGAAGAAUAAAGUCUGGAAUGUUUCCCUCAAGACCUUUGUCUUAAAGGGACUGCUCAAGAAGUUCAAAGAGGAUCUUCGUGGAGAGCUGGAGAAAGAGGAGAAAGUGGAGCUGACCUUGGACCCAGACACGGCCAACCCUCGCCUCAUCCUCUCUCUGGAUCUUAAGAGUGUGCGCCUUGGGCAGCGGGCCCAGGACCUGCCCAACCACCCGCGUCGCUUUGAUACCAACACUCGAGUCCUGGCGUCCUGCGGCUUCUCCUCUGGGCGGCACCACUGGGAGGUAGAAGUGGGCUCCCAGGAUGGCUGGGCUUUCGGCGUGGCCCGAGAGAGCGUGCGCCGCAAGGGCCUGACGCCCUUCACUCCCGAGGAGGGCGUCUGGGCACUGCAGCUCAACAGCGGACAGUACUGGGCUGUAACCAGCCCUGAGCGGACUCCCCUCAGCUGUGGCCACCUGUCCCGCGUUAGGGUGGCGCUGGACCUGGAAGUGGGGGCCGUGUCCUUCUACGCCACGGAGGACAUGCGCCACCUCUACACCUUCCGUGUCAACUUCCAAGAGCGUGUGUUCCCCCUUUUCUCUGUCUGCUCCACUGGCACCUACUUGCGAAUCUGGCCUUGAGGGACAGUGCUUAGCCUCCCAGAGGGAAUGGGUCAGUCAAGAACACCUUCUCCUCGCUGCCAAUGGGAAAGGGAGCCUCCUGGUCACUUUGGGUCUGCCCUUCACUCUUCCUGCCCCAGGAUACCUUAGAGAGGCUUCUGGAGUCCAAGCAUUAGAAGCACGAGACUGUGAAAGGGAUUCUGUGUUCAAAUGAGCAGAAGAAGAGGUGCCUUGGAUCCCCAGGGCCUGUCCUCUACCUGUUCCUGGCAUGUGGAUUUGGUACCAGCUGUAAGGAGGUAGAGGCAGGUAAGGACAGGAACCCUGUUGUGAUAGGGUGCUUCCUCUUACUGGGGCUUACAGCUUAGACUCAGCAGAACCUCUGUCUCCCUGGAACAUCCUCAAACCCUGGUCCUGUGUUAUCCUCAGUUGCAAGUGGCAUAUUUGGGGCCAGGCCAAACAGGUUCAUGAUCACUUAUUUUCUGCCUUGUGAGCUGUCAGCUCUGCCUUCAAAGACCCGAAUCUAGCUGGCCUAACCAAAUCAUCUACUCAGGGAGGAGCACUGUGCUCCCAGCUCAGAAGACAUUCUGGGCCAGAACUAGGAGACCCUUAACAUGUACACGAGGGAAAAGCCCCAGACAACAGUAUAUAGGCAUGGCUACCCCCUAACACCCAUAAACUGAUGAUAUCGAGUGAAAUGUACAUCCCCAGCCAGAGUGACAGCCACGUGUUCUCAGAGAUGCCUAAACCUCUCUCAAGUGCCAAAGUACAGUCUCUCUGGGUAAGGAUCCCAAAGGUUCUGGAAUUUUGAAACACAAGAGAGUACUCAGUUUUACAGAUGCAACUAACAAUGUCAUAGAAAGCAGAGCACAAAUAUGCCCAACAGAUUAUUUCUGGAACUUGCCAAAUGUAUGCCAACAGCAGAGGACCCUGGUGUUAAGACUAACUCAGCCUGUGCCCUGGUGUCUGUUAUCACCCUGGCUAAUUGUUUCCCAGCUUCCGUAAGGUUAGACUUCUGAGAGGGUGGUGGUAGGCUGUUCCUUGCUUAGUGCUCCCCAGGGAAGGGGGAUGGAGAUGGAAAUACAGACUAUGAGCUCAUUUCUAUGGUGGCUUAGCUCAUUCUUGAUUAACCCAGUCUGAGUGCAAAAGCACAAGUAUGAGCAAGAAUUUUUGCCAGAGGAAGUGAGCAUGUGUGCUUCUCUAUGUGAGAAAUGUGCACACAUGUGUUUAUAUCAGAUUGUGGGGGCAGUGGGGUGUGUGGAUUUUGGAGAGGGCAUGUAUGAGCACAUGCAUAGGGUUUAGGUAUUGAAACUGACCUAGGUCAAUUAGGUCAGACCUUAUUAUUGACUUCUUGUUAAAUGUUAACCACCCCAUAUUUAGAUGAUGGCCAUAGGUUUCCAACUCCACUAAUGGGCUGCUUAGCUAGAUGAAAGCCAGUUUCAGACCUAAUUCUGUCCUAUCCAGGUUGUUUAGACAGAUGCAGGGAUGAUGACAGUCAAACAGUCUGGUCUGCAAGAAUCAUGAAUUUCUCUUGCAGAUGCUUCAAGCACACUUUGCACACAGGGUUCUUGUAGGGUAGGCAUGGCACUAUUCUAGAGGCAGACCCAGUGCACACAGCAACAGGCAAUCAGAAUCCAGUGUCUUACAGGCUGGGGAUAGGACCAUUUAAGAGCCUGGCCCACAGCAGCAUUCCAGAAGGUGAAUUCUAUGUCCUCUUCAUACACAGAGUGUAGCUCUGGAAUACUGUAGCCAACCCACUUAUUUAAUUACCACUGAUUUCCAGAACUAGAACCCAUUUCUAAUUUUCAUUUGCUAAUUAAGUUGCCAAAUGUUAUCUUCAAGCCCUAAUGUUAUCUGGGAUUGUAUGGUUUCUGACUUGAGUGUCACAAUUACUCUUUAUGUCAUCUAGAAACUGUGUAGAAGUAUUGUAACACAUAUUACAGGUCACAGAAGAUAGGGUGGCUGGUAGAGGCCCUAUAGGGCCAGGUUUGGGGACUGCUGUCUGUGUGUAUAUUUUCAGCCUUUGUGUUUGUGUACUAUCAGAGUGUGUAGAAUAACUAUAUAGAUAUCUAUAUAUAUGAAGAGAUGUAACAACAGUUACAAAACUGCAUGUGGAGGCUGAGAGAGAUGUUCUCUCUUGGUCACCAGUGUAGCGUGGUGACUUUGAGAGUAUGUGUGUGUAUGUGCAUUUUCCUCUCCCAUCCUUUGGGCAUCAUAAGAUCUCUGAGAUCUCUGGGCCUCUGAGAACAAUGCGUGGCCUAACUUGGGCCCUUCUGACCCCAACCAUUAGUCCCAGAUCCUUGCUAGCUGCAGAGCUGUGAAAAUCCAGAUCCUUGCCACGAGACUGUCACACAGCUCCUCAGUAUACAGACUGGAGGUCACCGAGGGUCCUGCUUUUGGCCUGGUUAUCCUGUGAUCUAAGGCAUCUGGUCUUGCAGGGACCAUUGGGCAGGAUGGGCAACCAGGCCAACGUCCACUACCUAUCUACAGCUGCCACUUUGACCAUUGCUGGGCUAGAGUUCCUGUCCUUCACCUGGGCUCUCACCCUCUUUCCCUGCCCUCAACUCCAUGGGCCCUUUUGGGGGCCCUGACAGAACCUGCUUCUCAUGAGUCCAAGGCAGGCCCUAAGGGUUGUCUUUACCUAAUUUGCCCAAGGAUGCGGUAGGGGCUAGGGACCCCAGUCCUUGGCCCAGCACUUCCUCACACUCAGACAUUCUGAUUUUUCCUCCAGUCUCUAUUAGCCUCUGCCCUCCUGAUUCCCCCUCUCCCCCAUCCGUAGUGCUCCCUCAGGGCCCAACCUACAUUACCAAGCCCCUGGAACUGGAUUCUCCUCAGGACAGGCCUAUUAAUAUCCUUCCCCUAACUUCUUGAAGCCCUGACCUAGGAGUUCAGUUCUCACACACAAUAAACCGCACAACCCUCCCCUCAACCAGUACUCAUCCUGGGGACCUCUUCACAGCCCCGCCCACCGGAGGCUCAGCCUGCGAGGGAGACUCUAGCCUUCUACCUGUGGGGCUCUCUCCCAGGAUUUGCGGCUCCCCCAGCCCCACCAACACAUACAAACGCCACAGGCUAAGCCCCGGCGGACCAGCGGGGCCCUCCAGGGCCAAGGGACGCUGGCAUCACCCCUGGCCGCUUAGUUUCUCUGUGUAGUUAUUUGCGGCUGCGCUAAUGUAGAUCAAGGAGACAGACCAGACUCAGACUCCGAACUGGGUUCAAAUUAAGAGAGCUUUAUUAGCUACGCGGCGACUGUCCCAUCCUACGCAGAGGAGAGAGCAGCCCCGAGCUCAGGGGAAGGGCUGCUUAUAUUGGUGUCUUAACCCUAGUUAAGAAAUUGGGCUAAAGGUUUGUGAGCAAGCAAGCAAGUACAGAAGCAGAUAUCUGAGGUUAGCCAUUAACGCCUGAGGGAUAAAUGAACAAUACAAUGGUUAACUCUGGUUGAUGUAUAUCUCCUUCCUUGAUUAAUGGAAAAUUUUUUUAUUGUAUGUUCACAUAGCAUGUGUUUGUCCUUCACACGGAGGCUGUUGCGGCGCGUACUAUUCGCAGGCAGAUAAUAGAUUUACAGUAAUUUCACAGUUUGGGCGGCCCCCUAGCUCAGGGGCUAGAGCGCUGGUCCAAUGAAGCAGGGAUCGCAAGCUCAACUCUCGCUUGGACUUUCACCUUCCUUUUCAUUAUUUCUGCCUUUCUGAGAGGCCGAACCCUGGUGAAGCUUCUUGAUCUUUGACUCGCUGGUGUCACCCGCCCAACCGCCCCUCCCUCAGGUCGCUAAUCUCUUGAAGAGCCAUACUGAUCCUUGUGAUCACAGAUUCCACUGGCCCCGCUCCACUUCUCCUCCGUGGUCCCUCGCUCGAUUCCUUCUGCGGGAGUCUUUCCGUACAUCUCCGGGGUGGAGGCAGGGGCUCGCCCUCGUCUCUCAUUCUUCCUUCUUAGUUGCGUAGAGACCACCUGUUAACGCCGGGUCCCGCCCCCUAGGAACCUACGGUUUUAGCUGGGAGGACGACUAAAAACUCCGGCAUAACUCGCCAUUGGCCUCACAAUCUGGCUUCUAUCGUGAGGUAGCCUUCCGGUACAGCAGGCACAGGGGUCAACGAAUCCCGGGAGCCCCGGGUACUAAACUCGGGAAGGGAAGCAGGUGCCCGCUCCUCCAUGCACCCCACCUACUCCAUUCACCGCCUUCUCCCGAAUCUACACAGGUUUCCGUGAGUUGUUCUCUCCUCCAGUGCACCAGCUCAGUUCUGUUUUCUCACUCUCUCUCUUUUUUAAAUCCC